AUGGAGGAAGACUGCAACGUGGUGUCAUCUUCUGGCAUUGAUAGUUCACCAUCGCUAGAGAAGCUGUCCGUAAAUAUUGAGUACAUUGUUCUGGUGAGCGCUCCAGAAUCCCUUGCAAGCUCACUGUUCCCAAUUAUCUACGCAGCUCAGCUAUCCCUCAGAUCUUCUAAUACUGGAUUUGUGAUCGUCCCUUCAAUUCACACUAUAAUGCCGCAGUUUAGGCUGGGUGGUUAUUUCAUGGAUUAUUCCACCGCUCGCAAAGUUGCCGAACAACUCGCCAUCGACAUCACGCAAGGGCAGGGCUUCGCUGACUGGGAUGACCAGCACAUGGAGUGGCCCUUCAACGAUUGGCUGGCCACUAAUGGGCGACUCAAUGUCAAGGUAGCAGGAAUGAUGUCCCCUGAAACUGCCAUCGAGGGUAUGCUGUUCGUAUCUACGUUCCUUCACAUCGAGGACACCGACCCGGGCCCCCUCACGGAGACAGAGAACGAUUUGGCAGUACGGCAAUGGCUGGAGGAAUUAGGAGUACUGGAUGGGAUACAGUGGAUUUCGAUGCCGGACACGCAGAGAAUCACACUCGGGGGUACUCAGCCGAGAUAUCGUAAUAUAAGGUUUACAUGUUCGACAAUCGAGGCACACAGGGAACAAAGGCUCAAGUGUAUUCGUGAACUGAGGCGUCGAAAUGAGAUGCAGGAUAAAUAG